AUGAGCGCCCCUGCCCUUCUCCCCUCGUUCUUCAACCUUCCUUCCAUCCAGACAAGAAAAGCUUUGCUGCUGCUUGAUUUUCAGAAUGACUUUGUCCGCCCCAACGGUCGUCUGCCUGUCGGGAAUGCCCAGGAUUUUCUGGAUCAGAUCCCAGGGCUGGCCCAGAGCUUCCGUCGCAAUGGCGAGGUUGUCUGGGUGCGUACCCAGUUUGAGGAGCCGCGUCCUGUCGUCGAUCCCGAUUACGGUGGCGAACGAAUAAUAAUCUCCGCCGGUUCACUGGACAGCAAGAAUCAGAAAAAGGGACAUCGAGGGCGCGGUGGGAGUCGAAGCAAUAUUGAGGUAAAUGAGGGGAUUGAUCCCGAAGCAUUCCUCUCAGGGCCGGAUCCUGCCUGCCAACCUCAAACAUCUGGCGUCCAGUUUCCGGCUCCGAUAUUGACCGCCAUUGAUCACGACCAUGACAUCGUCAUCGAGAAAUCCGACUAUUCUGCAUUACAAUCGCCUGGCUUGGUCUUGUCUUUACGCUCUCGCUUUGUGACUGAAUUGUACCUUUGCGGCAGUCUGUCAAAUGUAUCUGUAUAUGCUACUGCCCUUGAUGCCGCGCAACAAGGGUUCACUAUCACCCUAGUCGAAGAUUGCAUGGGCUUUCGAAGUUUUGCCCGUCACGAGGAAGCCGUCCGACGGCUCGCUGAUAUCGUCGGUGCUAAUGGGAUAUCAGCUCAGGAGCUUCUUGAGGACCAAGAUUGGCAAGAGACGCAGGAGAUAGCCCGAGCUACGACCCCGGGACGACAGCCGGAUGGGCCCCAGAGAUCAAGUCCUUCUCAGCAGACCCGCACGACUACCCCUGCCGGUAUCGAGGGCGUUCUCGAUCAUCUAGCUGUUAAAAACUCGCCGCCUGCGUCUCGUUCCUCUCCCGCAAAACAACGCCUUACGGAUUCUUCGCGGAGCACGGGGGAGAAUUCCACUUUCCAUGAUUCUAUCGAAAUUGAAGCGGAUGAUAACAUAGACGAUGACGAUGAUGGUCCCGUUAUCUUGCCCCCUAGUAAAUAUCUGCGUGCGUCUACACGGGGUUUGAGGGAAACGCGCCCGCAAGGUCCCAACCAUGCAAGAAUGCGCCGACCCAAAACCGACAGACACUCUCCAUCCUCCUCUCGACGACCAGGCUCGAGCUCUGUAGAGUCAGCUCCCAGGAGGGCCUCUACUUCACCUGUUCUUACUACAACUAAAGCUCCUAAUGCCAGCCCUCCAACGCCUCCCAAACAUCCGGCAUCAGCACCGCUCACAUCGUCUCCGUCAAGCAUUCCCAAAAGAAAAAAUAAGGUUUCUAACAAUACUCUAGGGCCAAAUGAUGUCAUCGCUGAGGGAGACUCACGUAUUAUUUACAACCUUAAUUUGCCAUUGGAUGCGUUUGCUGAAAUCCACGAGGAAGUUAACUGGCAGAAGAUGUACCACAUGUCUGGACAAGUUCCCCGACUUGUUGCCGUUCAGGGAGCAAUUUUACCAGACAAUUCAAUUCCGAUCUACCGUCAUCCUGCAGACGAAUCUCCAAUCCUAGAGCCAUUCACGCCGACUGUGAAUACGGUCCGUAUUGCUGCUGAGAAAAUACUGGGCCACCCUUUGAAUCAUGUCCUCAUACAACUGUACCGCGACGGACAGGAUCGUAUAUCGGAGCAUUCUGACAAGACCCUCGAUAUCGUUCGUGGCUCGUCAAUUGUAAACGUUUCAUUAGGGGCGAAGCGAACCAUGACCCUACGAACAAAGUUGUCUGCAUUGACCGGAAACGAAGUUGAGACUGACAACGACACCGGUUCGGGUCGGCAGAAACAACAAGUGCCUAUGCCUCAUGAGUCAAUGUUUGUACUUGGCCCAAUAUCCAACAUGCGCUGGCUUCACGGCAUCCGCCCAGACAAGCGUCCCGAGUCUGCAAAGUCACCAGAGGAAAAAGAUUUCAACGGCGAGCGUAUUUCAUUGACAUUUCGAAACAUUGGUACUUUUAUUAACCCAGAAUCUCAAACGAUAUGGGGCCAGGGUGCCGUGUCUAAACGGUCGAAUGCUCCUCGCAGGGUUAUUCAUGGCAAUGCAGCUGAAGCAGAAAAACUAAUCCAGGCUUUUGGUAUGGAGAACCGGGAGACAGAGUUUGACUGGGAUACUGUCUACGGCGGAGGGUUUGAUGUGGUCAAUUUUAUUGAGCCAGUUGUGGCUCGGGUGUUACUGAGCGGGGACACAAUUGCUGAUAUGCGAGUCAGACUUUGUUUGGUCGAAAAUGGUAUGCGCUAUGAGACCGUAUCGGCAGCUAGCAACCCAAAUGCGCACCAAACAACAUACAUCAGCCCGGAUGGCAAUACCAGUGUCAUAGGCGAUGUUCAAAUUUUACUUUUCAUGGCUUCUAUGGACCAGAACUCUCCAUUAGCUAGGGCGGGUGUUAAUUUUAUUCGAGGAGGUAGCCGCUUGGCGGAGAUCACGCAUCUUGGGACCGCCUGGCGAAAGCAUCUCCUCAACAGCCGUAGUGCUGAUUUUGAAGAGCUCUCCUUUUGGAAUGGACAAGUACAAGAUGCAGAAUUGACACGUGAGCAUCACUACAUUGCAGGCCCGCUCUUCACAGUCGACGAUAUUGCUCUAUGGUCUAUUCUUGACGGGGUCCAGCAGCGUCGAGGAAUUAUUGCGGGAUCAACUCGAUACCCCUACCUUUCGUCUUACUACCAGCGGGUAGAGAAAAGAGGUUGUGUUCGUGUGGUGAAGGAUGAAAUGUCGUCCGAAACAGCAUGAGUCUAACAGGAUUUACUACAGACUUCCGAUUCACUGUUUAUAUAAUCGUCGUUCUGAUAAUGACGUACGCACCUAUUCAAGUCAUACACUUGGAGCUACAGCGAGCGAAUCUUGUUUGUUAUACAACGAUGUCUAUGAUAUGAUGACUAUAUACUAUAAAUAAUGAUGUUGAUUACGAAUACUCAGGCAACUUC